AUGAAGUUUCUUGUAGCCCUAUUGAUAGCUUCAGCUUGUGCCAGGCCAGGAGCUACAGAUAUCGAAGUGAGCCAAGACACCGCUGGUAACUACAAAUACACAGUCAAGGGCGAUAACCAGCAUAGAGCGGAAGAAAGGCUUGCCGAUGGUACAGUAUUAGGAUCAUACUCCUACGUGGACUCAAACGGAGAACUCCAAUCAUACAAAUACGAAGCUGGACCACAAGGUUUCAAAAUCCUCGAAGGAGCCCUCCCAGUUGCUCCCCUACCAGUUGAAGCUGAACCCAUCGCUCCAGAAGUACCAGUAGCUGAAACUGUUCCAGUAGUUGCACCUGUUGCUCAUGGAGCUGAUGUACCACAAUUCAACUCAAUAUUUCCACCACAUGAACACAACACCUUACCGUUGAGUGUUAUCCCAAUCGAUUUCGCUAAAUUAGCUUCAUUAGUCGCUCCCUUCGAGCAGCUGGUCGUGCCAGCUUCAGCCCCGGUAGCUGCAGUUCCGCAAUUCAACCCAAGUGUUGAAUAUUUUAAGGGUGUUCCAGUUGCUGCUCCACAAUUUGCUACACUUUAA